AUGGCGAGCUCCGAAAAGGUCAGCGUCUACAACCUCGCCGACCUCAAGAACACGGCCGACGAUGCCAUCCCCAACUACCUCAACUCGCUCAAGUUCCGCCAGUCGCACUUCCUGACCGACGUGCGCCUCGCCCUUGGCUACACCGCCUUUGUCCUCGCCGCCGCCUGCUUCCUCUGGGACUACCGCUUCGGCUUCGAACCCACCAAGCAGUACACGGCCAUUGCCGUCGGCCUCUACACCAUGCUCAACGGCGCCCUGACGUACUGGAUCUCCGACGUGGAAAAGGGCGCCGUCUACCAAGGCACUGCGCCGUCGGGCGAAAAGCUCACCGUCGCCAGCGCCACGAAGAAAAACGACCCAACCUACCGACUCACCGUGUCCGUCGAGGCCAAGGGUGCCGAGCCCCGGGUAAUUAAGCUCUCCAAGCCCUUUGCCUCCUUCUUUGAUGAGACGGGCCGCUUCGUCCCCCAGCCCUUCCAGGAGGCCCUCGCCUCGUCCAUUCCCGUCGUCGGUAAGCAGGAUCCCAAGCGCGUUAAGCUCGCCUCCCAGGAGAUGUUGGACACGGACCCGGAUGUGCUCGAUGCCGUCCUGGCCGCCAAUGCCAAGGAGGAGCAGGGGAGCUCGACGGCUGCCGAGGCUGCGAACAAGAAGGGCGGCAAGAGGCGCAAGGCUUAA